AUGGCGAUAUGGCCGUUUGGUCGCAAGAACAAGCGCCACACCAUCCAGGUGAGCGCCGACGAGGCCACCACCCUCCAGCAGGCCUUGGACCAGCACGAUCCGCCCGCCGCCAUCGCUGAACCCACCUUGGCCCGCAAACCUUCCCGUCGUGCCUCGAAACGCCAUAACAAACGCCUGUCGCACGGCGAUGGUUCCGUGAGUCAAGAGGGCUCUGGCCAGACCCCCUCGUCCCACCGCCCGCUCUCGUCGAUCGAUCACCGCCGGCUAUCCGAGGCAGACCAUGACCGCGCCGGACCAGACCGCGCGCCGCUGCGACCGCUGUCGCGGACAGGGUCGCUGUUGACAAAACAGACUCUGAGUGGCCCGAACAAGCUCCGCAAAAGCAAGCGUCAGACCUAUGAGAUCCUGCGCGAGCGCGAAAUCAAGAUGUUGUCGUCGACCCCCAUCGAUAUCCCCCGCCGAUCCACUCAACCCGCGGGCGGCGAUUAUGUGGUGGAACAUCGACGGCGCAAGGCAAACGGGCGACGCGCUGAUCGCUACAUGUCAGAUCUCAGUCUGUCUAUCCGGGAUUCGGCAGCCUCCUCCAUUUCGGACAUCUCCGAUCCCUUCACCUACAAGGUCAACGCCUUUGCUGCGUUGACUCCCCGUCCGGUGGUUCGUUACGUCGAAGCGCCCCGAUUGCCUACCACACGAAGCAACAAUGCAUUGGCAGGGUCUGGCCGACCUGACAGGGAUAGACUUCCGGCCUGGACCAUCUCUGAGGAGGAUCUCUAUUACUCCAAGCGACGUGUAAACGAGCUGGCGGAUUCGUUGGAUGCCAGUACUCUGCGGGAGUUGCUCGACCGAGACCGCCGCCGCCGCGAAAAGAAGCGAGUCGACGAUCAAGAAAAGCUACGACGCAAGUUGCAAGAACGCGCUGAUGCGCAAGCAGCGGAAGUGACUCAGCAGACGACUGAAGCGCCCCAAGAGACUCAACCUGAAAUUCCCGCCGCCGAAGUUCCUGACGAAGUUAAGCACAAGAAUGAAAUUGUGGACGAGAUAUCCGCUGAAGAGUCAGCGCCUGUAGUACCUGCAGAGCAGCCUGGUACGUGGCUGCAGGAUGAGUCGAAGGAGAGCGAGGCCGCCGGGCGCGAGUCGCUUGAGAGCGCACAUGUUAUUGGAAAUAUCGAUGAUAGCCCCAUGCGCGAGCCCAAGUUGGCCCCUCGGCCUAGCUUUGCUCCCUCGCACGAGUUGGGCAUGUCUCGAACCACCCUCUCGCCUUCCCACUCCUCUCUCCGACACGGCGUCAGCAGUCCUAGCCACUCGCAAACCUUUGGCGUCGGCUCCACCUCCGACAUCUCUGAGCACCGGCCGUCCGAUACUAGCGGUCGCCGAGGAGGAAAUACCAUCACCUCCCUCUUCCGACGGGGUUCCUCCCGCCUUAAGCGACGAUACAAGGAACGCUUCCAGGACUCCAGUCCGGAUGUCUCCAACGCCUCCCAUGAGUCUUUCUACAGGAUUCAAACCCAAUCCUCACCUCCACCACCCUCCGUUAUCCCGCCUAGAGCAUUCAUUCCCACCGGGACUGUCAAACGCUCUCAGUCCAAAUUUACAGAGCACUUCGGCGACGAACCUCUUUCUCCCCCAGACUCGCGUUUCCAAUCACCGGAUAUCCCUGAGCAAGUGCCUGAGUCCUCGCUCGAGAAUGAAGAAGGAAGCACCUUCUUGCACGGUCCGAGUCCCACUACGUUGGGUGGCAUGGAGAUCGUCAACCUUCACCGCCGCCGUCACCGGUCCUGGGGGGAGAGUAUCGACGCUGAAUCUGAUAAUCUUCCACUCUCCCAGUCUCUAGCUUCCAUCGAUUCCGAAGGAUCGUGGAUGUCCGGACAGAUCUUCCGCCGGAUGUCGCAGAAGUCCCCCGGCAGUCCUGUGCGCACCAUGGCUUCGUUUAGUGCUACAUUGGACGGUCCGUCCGAGACGCACGAUGACACCCGGGAUUCGGUUGACUCUCACGAAGCCAGCAGCAAUGUUAUGGAUGAGCCGGAGUUGGAGAACGACGUUUCUGCCGACGACGCCACCAAGGCUGCCGAGACCUGGCACCACUGCGAGGUCGGCCGCCGGCCGAUUGUGGUGAACCCCGUUUCUCGUCCCAAGUCCACACAAGGCAUGCUCAAGAGCAUCCCCUCGCUGUCCCCUAUCUCUGCAGAGGAAGACUACAUGGAUGAGGACGUGUCCCAUCCUUCUGAACUCGGGCGUGUGGCUAGCGUCCACGGAGUGAUCGGCAAUGCCGAGGAAGAUCAACCUCUUUGA